AUGACGUCGAUGAUCUUCGGUGCAGUUUGUUCACCUUGCAUCGCAGAGCAUGUUAAAAACAAAAACGCAGAAAGGUUCAGAAUUCAGUUUCCUGAAGCAGCCUCCAUUGUUAUCAACAAGCACUAUGUCGAUGACCUGGUGACUAGUUUUCACACGCCGGAGCACGCAAUCAAAAUUUGCAAACAGAUAGUUGCCAUCAAUUCGGAAGCCGGAUUCGAAUUGCGGAACUUCAUCUCUAAUUGCGGCUACAUAGAGAAAGCCAUGAACAAAACGCCUGCAACGACAAGGGAAGUAAUUAAUAUGGAACGCAACCAAACGGCUGAUAAAGUACUUGGUAUGUACUGGAAUACCAGAGACGAUACUUUCGAGUUCCAUACGAAAUUUCAUCGCGUACCACAGCCAGUGCUAGAGGGAAUUCGCGCUCCGACAAAAAGAGAACUACUGGGCAUAGUGAUGCCAGUCUUUGAUCCAUUUGGGCUACUAGCGAACUUUUUGAUAACUACGAAAAUCAUCAUACAAGACACUUGGAGACUAGGCAUUGGAUGGGACGAGAAGUUAGAUGCUGAAUUGGCUGCAAGAUGGUCCCGCUGGUGGAAGGAGUUCCCGAAUAUCAAAGAGUUUCAAGUACCGAGAUACUACUCACCCAGUAUUUCGCACAGCAGCAGAAUUGAGCUGCAUAUUUUCGCCGAUGCCAGCCAGGAAGCCUUUGCAGCGGUAGGCUAUUUCCGAGUGGUGUAUGACAGUUCAGUUGACGUAAGUGGCGUUGGGUACCCACAAACAUCAACCCUGCAGAUGCCGCUACGCGGCCGCAAAACCCACCUAGGUAAAGACUGCCACUGGAUAAAAGGCCCAGACUUCCUGAAGAACGAUGAAGAGCAUUGGCCGUCCACCACUAUCGAACGUUCCAGCGGACUUGUGGAAGAAGUUGAAACGAGUCGUAUACUAUAUUGUCAGCUGAAACGUACUGUCGCCUGGGUCAUACGAGCCCAAAUGUUAUUUCGGAGGAAAUCGGUGCCCGUUGACGUACAUCUGUCGAGGACCUUAACUGCUGCUGAAAUCGACCAGGCAGAGCGUAUAGUGAGCAAACAGGUACAGCAAGAGUGCUUCGCAAGCGAGAUCGCACAGCUUUCCUCAUCACGCAAGUUACCUCGGCAAAGUGUUGUGUAUAGCCUUACACCCUAUCUAGACGAGGACGGCCUCUUGCGACUGAACGGUCGCAUUGACGAGGCAACGUGCCUACCAUUCGACGUUCGCAGACCGAUUCUGUUGCCGUCAAAUCAUGUUGUCGCAGCACUGAUCGUCCAACACUACCACGAACAGAACCACCACCAGAAUACGGCAGUCACAAUCAACGCCGUAAGACAGAGAUUCUGGAUUCCGCACAUAAAGACACUGCUAAAAAAGAUACAACGAAACUGUUUACAAUGCAAAAUAAAUAAAGCCAGCCCCGUCGCGCCAAUGGUGGGACAACUUCCACCUGAUCGCUUAACCCCGUAUGUCCGCCCAUUUUCGUAUACUGGCGUUGACUUAUUUGGACCGUUUAAUGUUACAGUAGGGCGACGAAGGGAGAAAAGGUGGGGUGUCAUCUUCACCUGCUUGACCGUGAGGGCAGCGCACAUUGAGUUAGCUGAACACCUCUCAACGGAUGCGUUCAUUCUGUGCCUAUGGAAUUUUAUAAAUCGGCGCGGCACCCCCGUGAGAAUCAGGAGUGAUAACGGCACGAAUUUCAUCGGUGCCCAAAAGGAUUUGAAAAACGCUGAACAACUAUUCGACACCGACCGCAUACAAGCAGAGGCCGCAAAUAAAAUUGUGAAGUCCUUGCUGAGUCAUACGCUGCGUGAAGUGGCGCCGAGAGUCGACACCCUACAGUCUGUACUCAUUGAAGCUGAGAAUAUUAUAAACUCCCGCCCGCUAACGGACUUGCCCUUGUCACACGAAGACGAUGAGCCACUCACACCGAACCACUUUCUGAUCGGGUGCGUUAACUCAACUCAAACACCGAAUCCGGUCGAUGAGAAAAUAUGUCUGAGGAAGCAGUGGCGAAUAGCGCAGAAUCUCAAAGAUCGCUUGUGGAAACGGUGGACCACGGAAUAUUUGCCUCAACUCAUUUGUCGCAGCAAGUGGAGGGAGAAAGCGUUCCCGCUGCAACUCAACGACUUAGUUCUAAUAUGUGAGCCAUCUCUACCACGCAGUCACUGGCAGAAGGGUCGUGUCACGAAGGUCUUCCCCACAAACGACGGCCAAGUUCGCGUAGCAGACGUGAAGACAAGCAGCGGACUUUUACGUCGUCCUGCCACACGCCUAGCUCGGCUAAUCGUAGAAGAAAUAACUACGUGUGAAAGGUGCGACGGUAACAGACAGCUGCAUGGCGAAAUUCAGGAACUAAAAGAAAUAGUUAAAAACCAAAACAAGGCGAUUAUGGAAGUACUGGCGGUUCAUAAUGUUUUAUUAAAAGAUUUUUUGCAUCAAGAAGCCAUCGCAGAUAAACUCACUGAAAAAUUCCCUCUGAAAUCCGUGGAGGACAUUGAUACUAUUAAUGCAGAACUAUCUGGACCAAACAAAUCCAUAUAUAAAGCAGCCGCAAAAAGUAACAACAACAACAACAACAGCAAUCCACCACAAUAG